AUGCCGAAGAACUGGAGUAGUCAUGAGGAGGAUAUCCGGCAGCUCUACAUGGUGGAGGGAAAGCCUCUGAAAGUAGUUCGCGAUAUCAUGGCUGCAGACCAUAAGUUCGAGGCAUCCAUUCGAGCUUAUCGGAUGUAUUUUGAAAGCUUAGGAUGGAAAAAGAAUACCUUUGUUAAAAGUCGACGAGCCCAGAAAAGAAGUGUUCGCUGCGUCACCACUCCAAUCCCUACAGGCACAGCAGUCUUCACACCUGAAAUUUCGCAGCCGAGAGUAGCAUCUCCAAGACAGCUGCCUGGCACCUUUCAACCACAAGUCAUCUCAGAUAUCGAUUUUGCAACCCAGGAACGCUUUGCUGCCCUUUAUGGCAUCACUCUUCCUCUUGGCGUAACAGAUGCGAAGGACAUUCUGUCGUUAGUUCAAUGGGCACCACCAGCCGUUGGGCUACAGGCGUUACUGCUCAAAUGGCAGUCUGGCGAAUCCUAUCUGAGAGCGUCUCAAGACCUCAUCCUGGAUAACCAUUAUCGUUUUGAUGUUCAAUUUAAAACAUUCUCAGGAGGUACUAUCUUUCAGCUGAUCGAAGAGAGGGUUGAUAUCUACGAGAGACUACAACUAGGAAGAGCGUGUAUCGAGGCAGAUCUAGAAAGUCGCGAGUCGCAAAGGCAACAAUAUGUCAACGGGAUAUAUCCAAGUCCAGACUUCCAACCUAUCGAUUCAGAACCAUUUUGGGAAACAGCUUAUAAGGCUACAUAUUGGGCCGAUGCCAAGCGUAUUCUUUCUGCCGCGGCAGAUUCCAGUAACUUCGCAUCGCACUUGGUGUUGGAGAGCGCACUCUUCGUUGUAGGCGAAAGCUUUUUCAAGAGAUAUAGAGAGCAACUCGACAGUCUCAGAGGCCGUUGCUUGGUCUAA